AUUAACUUUUACACUCGGUCGCCACUCGCGCUCAAAAAGGCGUCGAUUGCACCACGAGUGGUAGGCACGAUCAGAACAAGUUUCUACGCAUCCACCGCACGCAGCCGCUGCAGCGAUAUUCGUCUCCGUGCGCACCACAGCUCAAACCGGGCUCAAACGAUUUGAGCCAACCGCUCGAAGCCGCCGGAUACGCCUGCUCAAAGCCGCCAAACACCGGAGUCGCAGCAGAUCACCAUGACGAUCAUGCGGGAGGAACGGGCGCAGGACGCGCACGACCUCGACAACGUCACGUACAACCUCGCCGUCGUCGUCGCGCUGCUCGCCGUCGGGUCCGUGCUGCUGUUCCGCGUGAAGCUGGGCACGCCGCGCGGCGUCGGCGCGCGGCCGCGGCCGUCGGUAACUCUUAGAGGAUGGGGCGUGCCCCUGCGGCGCGUGAAGAGCGCGCUGCGCGAAUUGGAGCGGAAGACGUUCCACCUGUGCGGCUUGUUAGUUCCGUUAAUCCACCUCGCGCUGCUCGAGGCGGGCUUUCGACAAAGAACAUGUAUAUUAAUGGCGUGGGCCAUCACGAGUAUAGGCUGGAGCGCGGACCUCGCGCGGCUACAUAUACCGUUCGUCGCACGGCACUGGCCCCUGCAAACGAUCCUGCGGGACCACGAGCACGAGCAGUUGACGGGCGGGUGCUACUUUUCUCUCGGGUGUACUCUGGCGAUGACUGUGUGGUUCGGUGCCCGAAUCACGACCUGUUUACCUUCGACCUGCGCGCGCGAUCGGUGAGCGACGCCGUCGCCGUGAUGGCGUAGGGUCGCGGCGAUGGCGUAGGGGUGGCGCCACGCGCCAUCGACGCCAUCGACGCGACCGCACCCCCGCACGCCAUCGACGCGACGCCUGCACGCGACGCAGGUCUCGCCGCCGGACGUGUCGAGCUGCGCGAUUAUUUUUUUAGUGCUCGGCGACAUGGCCGCGGCGUUGAUCGGCGUCUCGUUCGGCGGCGAGGUCGCCUCGUUAAAACUAGGCCGAGAAGGCAAGAAGAGCGUGGAAGGAAGCUUGGCCAUGUUCUGCGUCUGUUUCCUGGUCGCGAUGGUCUUCUUCUGGGACGUGCAAUUAUCGGAGUACGCGGCGGUCGUGGCCGCGGCGACGGCGACGCUGACGGAGCUGUACGAGCCGCUGUUGCUCGACGACAACUUGACGAUUCCGUCGAGAGCUGUGUGGAAAUCAACCAGUGAGUUAGUUAGGUUGCCUGGAAUGUUCACGCCAUCGAGCAGACGCAGCUACGGAGAAAAUAUCGCGUCGAUGGCGUGGGGCGCCCGAAAUUUGAUUUCCACACAGGUUCUUCUCGGCGCUGGCUCUGCAGGUCGCGCUGUACCGCGUGCGCUGCCCGCCCUGCGCGAACGUGCGCGAGGCGCGGUGUUACCUCUUCUGAAAGUGGGGGUUCGUUUUCUUUCGAAUUAACAAAGUGUGUAGUCGU